GUCUGGCAGGGAAUCGCGUGGCGGGCCGGCUGGAGAGCAGUCCCUGAAUCUCCUGCUUCUUCUGUCUCCCUUUUUUUGGCAUUUGCCUGCAAGAGAGGAAGGAAAGGACCGGGUUGGACUCUCUUGCGGGUAGGUAGUUCUUUAAUCUGUUAAAAUGGUUUCUAAAAAGAAGAAAGAGAUGCAGGUUGAUGCCUUUGUUCUUGAUCACCAGAAGCUUGAAAGACUUAGCUCUUUUGCAGAUGAUGAAGGUCAAAACCUAGCUUCUGUUUUGUUGCGCUGCACGCAGUUGGAUGAUGGCAUCCAGCAAAUUCAUUCUGUCAAACAGAUUGUGCCUUUAUUAGAGAAGAUGGAUGUGAAUGGUUUAUGCAACCCCAUGGUUAAAAGCUGCUUAGAUAUUUUGGGAUGUAUAUUCUUAUCCUUGGAUAUAAAGAAUCCUUUGAAGAAAGUGUUGGCAAGCUCCUUAAAUGGCUUCCCAGAACCACUUAUUCAGGAAGCUACUCAGAGUUUUGUGGCUUGCCUAGAGGAGGAAUUAAAAACUACAAAUCUGUCCCAGUAUAGAAAAACUAUGGACAACCUUGCUUUCUGUAUGGAAAAUAUUUACAUAGGCAAAUCAUGUGUCAAUGUCCUGUUAGAAGAAGCUCUUCGAUUUCUACAGAGGUCUAUACAUGAAAUAGAGGAAGAAAGCAGAAAGCUCAGAGGAAACCGCAUUGCUCAGACUUGCUUGAUGCAUGAUUUGCUGAUGGGUGUUAAAGUUUCAAUGAUGUUGAUACAAAAAAUUGAAGAAAAUGUUCAGGAAAAUACUUGGAAGAGAUUGGAUUGUCCUGCGUGGCAAAGUAUGUGUGGACUACUGGCCACUUUUAUAUGCUUCUUAAAUAAAGAAGACCUCUUACAAACAGUCCAGACUACAGCAGGAUUGGCUGUUGUCCUUUUUCUUAAAAAUAUGUUUGAACCAGCAGAACAACUACCAUGUUUGAUCAGUAACUUGCUGUGUGGCGAACUGAAAUGUUCAGAUGUACCAACCUGGUUCGUGGACAGCUGUGGAAAUCUGUGUAAUGCUGCACUUUCUGACCCAGUCCUCCUUUUCCUUUCACACGGAGCACUGGCUAUGUUAGAGUGGAAAAACAGCAACAAAGGGGAGAACGUUGAGAAACUGCUCUUGGAUAUUGCUCAGACUUUGUUGACCUUGAGUACACGGCUAAAAGAAUCUGCGAUGGCUGCAUCCCUCUCUAGAGUUGUAACUAUUUGGACGAAUGCGGCUUUGGAUGCUCUUCAGUCAAGCUCUACAAACCUGAAGAUGAGUCUCAGUGGAAACACAGACACAAUUGGAAAAAUGUUGGAUUAUGUGUAUGCGCAUUGGGAACAUCCUCUGGACGCUGUGAGGCAUCAAACCAAACUUAUAUUUAAGAAUAUCUUACAAAUACAUCAGGCAACUGUCAAAGGAUCUGUUGAUGUGAAAGUUGAUCCUUUCUUCUUGGGUUUAAUUGAUAGCUUGCUAAGUUUGGAAUGGCACGUUAAAGGUAAAUACUCAUGUCUCGGCUGUCUUGUGGAGUGUAUUGGAAUUGAGUAUAUUUUGGCAAUGGAUAAGACAAUUCCUGCUCAGAUCUUGAGUGUCAUGAGUGAUCAAUCUUUCGCACCUUAUGCAAGUGAUCUGUUGGAAAUCAUGUUUGUGAAUCACAAGAAGCAUCUUACGUCCAUUUUGGAAGGAAACACCUGGAUUGACAUUUGGCAUGAGACAUGGGUGUCUCCCCUGCUUUUAAUUUUGUGUGAUGGAAACACAGAGCAAGCCAUGUAUGUUACAGACUAUUAUCUACCAAAAUUGCUGAAAUGUAGCCCUGAAAGCAUGAACUACAUGUUCAAAAUCCUUUGGACAUCAGCAGAAUGUAAUGUUGGAUCCUGCAGUACCAGAGGGGCACUUGGAGCCUUGAUGGCUUGCCUGAGGACAGCCAGAGCUCACGGGCACUUACAGUUUACAGAUGUAAUGCAUGGUGGCCUAGUGUCCAUUGGAUGUAUAAAACAAGGCUUAGUCCAUCAACACGAUCAGGUACGGAUAGAUGCUUUAGGUUUGCUCUGUGAGAGUAAUCGCAGCACGGAAACGAUCUCCCUUGAAGAAAUGCAACUCAUCCAGUUUUUCAUUAGAUACAACUUGAACAGCCAGUCUCCAGCAGUGAGGCAGCAGAUUUGUUCCCUACUAAAAAAGUUGUUCUGCCGAAUAUAUGAAAGCGCCCAGGGAGCCCAUAAAAUGCAGCAAACAAAAUAUAAAAAGGAAUUCGUUAAGGAUUCUGUUAUACAGGAUCCAUUAAUGACUCUGCAGAGGUACAAGGAUUUCAUGUCAUCUGUCUGUGGUAUACUGUUUGGAGCUCUAUUUCCUGGUUCGUCCCAUCCAACCAGAUUCACAGCACUGACUCUUUUGGGAAUAAUAACUGAAACAUUUCCUGUUUUAGAAGGACAGAACCAGGAAUUAUUUCAAAUUGCUCAAGAGGUCAAUCCUGCUCAUAUUCAAAGUCUACUCCAUUGUUUUGCCAGCACUUUUGAGGAAGUAAAGGUUUUGGCAUUUCAUCUCCUGAUGAAGCUUCAUCCUGCCCUGCCUUAUUUUCAGGAUCCUGAAAAAUUGCAGCCAUUGUUUGAAGUAGCAAUGCAGCUCAGCAAAAGUACCAAACCCUAUGACUGUGUGACUGCUUCUUAUUUACUCAACUUCUUAAUACAGCAGAAAAAUCUGCCAAAGAUUCUCAACACAUUUUAUCCUAAUGUGAAUAUGCCUCAUGACCCAGUGGAAGGAAACACUUUGGCUGUUAUCAAGUACUUGUUGCUGAAUCUUGAAAGAGAAAUACUGCAAGCUGAAAAGUCUUUACUGCAGGCAGCUGCUUUAUUUCCAAUGUAUGGUAGAGUACAUUGUAUAACAGGAGCUUUACAGCAGCUAUCACCAAUUAGAAUGACAGUGAUUUCUGAAUGGAAAGAGUUGGUGGCAAAGCUUAUUGGAGUAUCCUAUAAACUCUCUGCUGUAGUAUCUCCAGUAGUUCAGAGUUCUUCACCAGAAGGCCUGAUUCCAAUGGAUACUGACUUGGACACUGCAGAGCGCUUGCAGUCGAUUCUGCUUGAGAUCCAGCCUUGUGAUACAAAUGAUUAUUUUGUGGGAUCAAAAUUGUUGAAAGAACAGUGCAGCCUGGACUGCGGCGAUGUGACAACUGAUAACACAACCACCGAAGUAACAGAUAAUUUAGAAGGGGAAGAACAGCAGACAUGUGAUGUAACAGCUCAGAUGGUGCUCGUAUGUUGCUGGCGAAGUAUGAAGGAAAUAUCACUACUUCUAGGAAAAUUGUGUCAACUUCUGCCCUUAGAAGCAUUUCCUGGUUCACAUGCGCUAAUUACUGUGGAGCUGGUGAAAGAUAUUGGUGAAUAUUUCAAGCAUCAUCUUCUGAAGUCAAGGCACAGAGGCGCAUUUGAGCUAGCUUAUGCUGGUUUUGUUAAGCUCACCGAAGUACUUUCAAGAUGUAACAAUGAAAACAUGCACAAGCUGCCACAGCGAUGGCUGCACAAUGUACUGGAAGAAAUUAAAUCUAGCAAUCCUUCAUCUAAACUGUGUGCCACUAGACGCAGUGCUGGCAUCCCAUUUUAUAUACAGGCUUUGCUAGCUUCAGAACCAAAGAGUAAAACAGGCUUGCUAAAAAUGACAAUGCAGGAGUUGAUACCCUUAGCUUCCCCUUCAGAUGCACCACCAACCACAAUCCCUCAGGUCCAUGCUUUAAAUAUCUUGAGAGCUUUAUUCAAGGAUACCCGCUUAGGAGAAAAUAUCAUUCCUUAUGUGGCAGAUGGAAUGCGAGCAGCAAUAUUAGGUUUUAUGUCUUCUGUCUGGGCAGUAAGAAAUUCAUCUACCCUUCUUUUUAGUACACUCAUUACAAGAAUAUUUGGUGUUAAAAGAGGAAAAGAUGAGAACUCGAAAAAAAACAGAAUGUCUGGGACAGAGUUCUUCACUCGAUUUCCAAAUCUAUAUCCAUUUUUGCUCAGUCAGUUGGAACUUGUAGCAAGCACAGUAGACAGCAAACCAGGUGAACUGAAACUCCAUCCAAGCUUGUUCCUUUUACUUUUGAUCUUGAGUAAGCUGUAUCCAUCGCCAAUGGAUGGGGCCUAUUCGGCGCUUAGCAUGGCUCCAUUUGUCCCUUUUAUUUUGAGGUGUGGCAACUCUCCAAUAUACCGCUCACGUGAAUUGGCUGCCCGGGCCCUUGUUCCCUUUAUUAUGAGAAAUAUGGUGCCACAGACAGUGACAACCUUGUUGACUGAACUUCCAGAUUACUCUGAUCUUUGUAUACGACAGAAUGCAAUUCAUGGAACGUUGCUGCAGGUCUUUCACUUGCUGCAGUCCUUCUUGGACUCCAAACAGAAGGCUAAUUCAGACUGUCUUCAAGGCUUGAGCAACAUCAUCACUUGUAUUGAAGCCAAGCUGUGGUUGGCUAAGAGGCAAAAUCCUUGUUUGGUGACCAGAGCAACAUAUCUUGAUGUCCUUGUCCUGCUGAAUAAUUACCUUGGAAAAUCCAGAACAGAAGGGACAGAGCUGCUCAGAUUUGAGGAGAAAAUCGGCGAAGUUAUCUCAGAUUCUGAACUGGCAAUGGGCAUCAGCCUCUCUCCUGCAGUUCCAGGACUUGCUCAGUAUCUUCAAAGCCUUACCAAGCUCUUCAUAUCUAUGUGUUCAUCAACUACAGAUCCUGGAUUUGUACACAGUGGUUUACUUAUCAAAGCAAAAAGACCAGAUUCUUGUUUGUCAGUUGCACAUCUGCUGACUUCUGACUUCCGUGAAGUACGUUUAUUGGUCUUAGAUGCAAUCCUGAUGUGGUUGAACCAAGCAAAUUGUAAACAUGUAACGGAAGGAGGAAAUGUUCUGUUGUGUCUACAGUCUGGUUUGGAGGAGAUCCUUCUUAGGCUAUCUUUCAACGAAAAGCAGCCAGAAUGUUUUUGCAAGGUAUUGCAGGUUCUCUACUGUAUGGAUCUUAAAAAUCUGCUUGCAAAAAUCCAAGAUGCUAUAAGUAUGAGUCCCAAGGAUUUUUUGCAUUGGGCUACAAACAUUGCAAAUACCUCUGACAGCAUUGAAAUUCAAAGUAUAGCCCUUAAGUUUGCCUCAAAGUUGGUCAUCCAUCUUGUACAAAAUUGGCAAGAGGAUGUGAAAUCAGAGGUAAAAGAAUGGGUUGAAAUAGUCACUUCUUACUGUGGAGAUGAACAGCAAAUGGAUCUCAAAUUGUCUGCAGCGGAGAUCCUUGUGAGCAUUACGCCUCUUUUCCUGGCGAAUCAGAAGCUUUUCUUAGGUCUGUCUGAUAUGCUGCUCCUUUGGAAGUGUGUUGUGCAGCUGUUGCAAAGCGAAGAGCAGAUAGUAAGAGAUACAGUUGCUGGUGUUAUAACGCUGGCCCAGUCUCAAGAAAAUAUAUUUGAGAAAACAGAGCUUCGUUUCCAUGUAGUCAAUGCAGAAAUGGCCUUGGAUUUAGCAUUUUCCAUGGUGUGUGAAUUGCUACAGCAGUGGGAACAGACUGGUGCUGGAGUUGCAGUGUUAAUAGAGUGGCUGCUGGAAAAAGAGGAUGUAAACGAGUUAGAGACUACAACCUUGGUUGGAAAUGAUAAUCUGUUUGACAAGGGAGAAGUGAAUUUUUGGGCUGAGAAAUUAACAAAAGUGUAUCUCCUCAAUAAGCAUCUCCUCCUGCUCAUUCCGGUGACUCAUCUCACGCCAUGUGAUCAACGAAAGCUACAUCAAUUGGCAAGAUUUGCCUCUGAUCAAGCCCAGCUGGUGGCACAACGUCUUCAAGAAUUGCCUCCAACUCCAGAAUUUUCCCAGACUGUAGAAUUCACAAAGUUGGCUAUCCAGAAUCAAAGAAUAUCCCUUCUCCUUCAAAUAUUAGAGCUGUUGGAAGCUGGAGGUCAUCCCCACCAAAAACAAGGAACAUUUGAAAAUAAGGGAUAAGCUAAAGAUAUGCUCACUGCUACCUGCUAGUUAGAAACAUUAUGAGUGGAAGGAAUGGUACGUUUAUUUUGUAUAUCCUCCAUGUACAAGGAUCUAACAGCAACAAAUGCUAGGCAUUUAUUUGUAUAAGAAUCCGUUCUGUCAUCAUUAGAUAUGAUGUGGAAGACUUCUUCUGUAAAUGCUGUGUUUUUAAUCUGACCCAAUGUGUUUUGAUGCAGCUACUGAACGAAGACUUUUCCUGUUGAUGCAAUGCACCAGGUGCUGGUCACCUGUUGCUCUGAUUUGCUGGUUUUAUUCAACUAGUUUUUUUUAUUUCCGUUGUCUAAUGCUGCAAUCCUUGUCUCCGUGUUGCUUUCGUUACAUACUAUGUUAUGUGACCCGUCCUUAAAACAAUCUUAAAGAUGGCAUUUAUCAAUGGCAAACCGCCAUUAGAGUUCAAUCUUAAAAAUUUUAAAUCAUGGAAGACUUUAAUUUAGGCACUAUUUACUUUUGUAGUCACAAAUAACAGCCUUUCCCUGUGUUGUAAGUACUUGGUUGCCCUUCCAGUUUAAGCAGCUCGGUAUUAGAAUGCAAUUAGUUGUUCUUUCAGUUCUAAUACUUUUCUUUAAGUGAAAUCCAUACUACGAGGGUUAUCUGGAAAGUAAGGUUGCAAGAAUUUUUUAAAAUACAAAUAAUAAAUAUAAAGAAAACUUACAUGGAUUGUAGCAUAGGUAUUACAUCAUUUUCUGCAUAAUCUUACUUACUUGCUUACUUACUUAGGCGAUCCCUCAUUGGCCAAGUAGGAUAGUCUUCCAGGAUCAGUGUUCUGGUGGGUCCGUAGGUGACUGUGGAGCCCUAUUCUUGCUCUGCAUCUUCUCCCGCAGUGAGGGUAUUGGUUUCCAGGUGGAAGGCGGUCUCGGUCGGGGUUGGCUUGGCGCACCUUCCUCUUGGCACGUUUCUCUCUUUCACCCUCCAUUCGUGCCUCUUCAAAUUCUGCAGCAUUGCUGGUCACAGCUGACCUCCAGCUGGAGCUCUCAAGGGCCAGGACUUUCUAGUUGUCAGUGUCUAUGCCAGAGUUUUUAAGGUUAGCUUUGAGCCCAUCUUUAAAUCUCUUUUCCUGUCCACCAACAUUCCGUUUUCCAUUCUUGAGUUCGGAGUAGAGCAACUGCUUUGGGAGAUGGUGGUCAGGCAUCUGGACAAUAUGGCCGGUCCAGCAGAGCUGAUGGCGGAGGACCAUCACUUCAGUGCUGGUGGUCUUUGCUUCUUCCAGCACGCUGACAUUUGUCCGUCUGUCUUCCCAAGAGAUUUGCAGGAUUUUCCGGAGGCAGCGCUGAUGGAAUCGUUCCAGUGGUUGCAUGUGGCAUCUGUAGACAGUCCACGUCUCGCAGGUGUAUAGCAGGGUUGGGAGGACAAUAGCUUUAUAAACAAGCACCUUGGUAUCCCUACGGAUGUCCGCAUAAUCACAAUUCAGUUCAAUACAUUUUGUCAACCUUGGGACGGGCUUUUGAUACUUAUGUCAUAGAAGUUUCUCUCCGCCUUUUUCAGCCAGUUCGUCACUUCGAUUUUCACCUCAUAAUUGUCAGAAAAGUGUUUUCCACCAAGGUGUUCCUUCAAUUUAGCAAACAGAUGAUAGUCACUGGGUACGAUAUUAGGGCUGUGAGAGGGGUGGCUUAAAACAUCCCAAUCAAAUGAAGUCAACAACUCUUGUGUUGCAUGAGUGGUGUGCGGACAUGCAUUGUCAUGAAGGAGACAGACUCCCGCUGUCAGCAUCCCAUGGCAUUUAUUUUUAAUGGCUUUGCAAAGUUUUUUCAUGGUCUCACAAUAUAUUCAGUACACAUUUUGAUUCAUGCAAUCUUGACAUUAUGUCCUCUCCAUAAACUGAAAUGAUUUUGCGGUGAAUUGCAGCGGCGUUCAUUCCAGUGGCAUUUAGGUAGCAUAUUACAGUGCGAACUUCGCACUUGGAGGGAAACGGAAUGAAGACGCUCAUCUCCAAUCUUCACCACAACACCAGUCAAUGAGCUACUGAUAACUGGCACUGCUCGUUCACUUCUGCUGGCUUCCAGCUACACUUCAGCGAUACCAACUUCUCCCAUGAUAAUUCCCUGUGUGCCUUGUAACCUUACUUUCCAAAUAACCCUCAUACUUAAAAACAUGUCUUCCCCCAGAAGAACUCAGCAAAUAAGGUUGCUUGUUUACUGCAGUUAUGAAGCAGUUUAUUUAGUAAUAUAUUUCAGAAAUGGGAUAGGAAAAAUAAAGCUGCCAUCCUUAAGCAUGAUUCACUAAGACCAUAUUAGAAACUUCCUUUAGAUAUGGACUCAGACACAACUGUAAGGUCUUUGUGAUACAUUUGCAUUUUUUUUUACAUUAAUAUAUUGAACGGAUGUAUACUGCCAAACUGUAAAUAUUUUUAUGCCUGGUGAUAAACAUGCUGCAGACACUGUUUCUUCCCUUGGUCAUGGCUAAGAAUUGUGGUACGAGAGCCUUCAGAGCUAUUCUUAUAGUGAUGAAUAUCAAGAUACCAACUCCAGAUGCCAUUUGUAAAGUGGAGUUGUGUAUCAAUUUCAUGUAUAUCAAAUAUUGAAAGAUAAAAA